AUGGCAUUAUUGCACAUUCUAGUUGGAAGUUCAAUGUCUUCCCAUAAUCUCUUCAGAAUGCUUCUAUCCCUUUUAUUCAUCUCAACCCUUCUUCAUGCAGCAGCAGCAGCAGCAGCAUCUGCAUCCAAGUCCACAACAAACGCAAACCAAAUGUUCAUAAAAAAACAGUGCGAUUCAACCACUUACCCAAAAGUUUGCUACAAGUCUCUCUCCCCUUACGCUUCAAAAAUCAACACAAACUCUCUAACACUGACCAAGAUGUCAGUUAAUGUGGCUCUAAAAGCAGCCAAAAGUGCAUCUAAGACAUUGACAAAGCUAAGCAAUUCCAAAGGGAGCCUAACACAUGCAGAAACGUCGGUCAUUGCGGAUUGCCAAGAGAAUAUUGAUGACACGGUGGAUAUACUUAAGGAAUCUGCUAAAGGGUUGUUACAUUUGAGUGGUACAACUACAAGUGAUGAGAAAUUUCAAUGGGAUACCAUUAAGACAUGGAUGAGUGCUGCCAUAACAGAUGAGGUUACUUGCACUGAUGAGCUUGAUGAAUUGAAAGUGCGACCUUCACUGCAGAACAAGAUCAAAACAAGUGUUUCUAAUGUUGCUUCCUUGACUAGCAAUGCCCUCGCUUUUGUCAACAGGCUUACCUAUUAA